CACGAGGCUCAGAUCCUUACCAUGGCCCAUGGCCCAUCCCAUUCCACCUAAUUUCGAUGACAGGAUCGGCUAUCUUCGAGAAUACCUGGAAAAAAAAGGAUGUUCCAUCAUUGAUCCCACCAACGCCGCUGACCAUGACAUAGCACACAUGCUCUGUUGCUGGGGGUGUGGUGACAAGCUCGAAACAAACGUUGGCACAAUCAAACUCUCUCCAGCGGCCACCUCGUUUUCUCCAGCUGGUAGCAUCCUACGACCACCCUUUCCUAGGAACGGAGUCAUUACCGUUCAAUCUGAAUAUCUCGAACUCGAAAGGCGCAUAAUGAACCAGUACGCUUCUGACUAUGAAAAUCCAAGCGAUAGAUGCGGUGCCCUUGUUACUGGGAUGCCUGGGAUUGGUGCAUCCAGUUCUCACUCCAUCCGCACGUUCCUGAUCUGAUAGUUCAAACAGGCAAAUCAGUGUUUCUUCUCUAUCUUCUGGCUAAAACAUUAGCUCGCAAACAACCAGUAUUCAUCCAUAUCCAAGAUAGUACAUUUGUCUUUCUUGGAUCCGAAGUGACAGAUGUGUACGCUGUUCCCAACUCUUCCGACGUCAUCCGAUCUGUAUAUCUGUCCAACGUGCUUUUCCUGAUAGACAUGGAUUGGACUAGUGCAGAAAACCCCAGAUUCAUGGAAACGUCGAAUAAGCUUUACCAGGUUGGGGCGUCUUCCCCGAACCCACGAUUACAACGACUUAAUACCUGGCGAAAGCAAUUACAAAUCACUUCUCUGGUGAUGAACCCACCCGAUCUUGCGGACAUUGUCAGAAUCUUCACCCAUGCGUACCCCAAGUCAGUGCUUACAGAGCCAAAAAUGGAGAACUUUAUCCGCCUGUUGAUUCAAACGUUCAACGUGGACCUCCGUCGUUUCCGCAGCAUCUUCAAUCAUCCUCAGUUCCAGUCAAACAGAUCCGCUGCUUACCGCAGCGGGGUCGAUGAGUUCGUGGGUGAGUUCCGGGGUGUUCUUCGCGCAAUGACGACUGAAAAUGUCGUUUCGUUGAUACGCGGUAGUUCCGACUCUGCCCAGCACUCUCAUCGACUUAUUGCCACAUACCGAAGGGCGAACCAUGGGUAUUCCCACGAUAUGCGACAUGAAGUCCGGUCUUCCUUGGUAGUGAACCUACUCUGUGAGGCCUGGACAAAGCAGGCCGACAAGAUGCGGACGAUUAUGGAGACCUUACUUAGCUCCGACAUGGAGAUGGCAGCAGCUCUCGGCUGGUUUUUCGAGGCUGAAGGACACACUCAUAUCGUUACCAACCAGUACUUCAACAUUUAUCCGAUGACGGAGACAUGGGUUGGAACAAGCAAAACCUGUCUGAGUCAAGCCGAGCAUGCCCAGCCCAUGGAGAUUGGCCCACGGGCCAUGAGGCUCUAUGACAGUACCUCCGACCCUUCAACGACCUGCGAUCCGAACGCUUAUUAUGUCCCCAUGCAGGUCAAUAAUCCCCUCUUCGACUCUUUUCUGGCGGGCAAGGACUUUGGCGCUGCGUUUCAAAUGACCAGAUCAGGCACACACAGCUUCAAAACUACAUACCUCAAGCCGCUUCGAAAGUGGCUUGAGGCGAGCUGUGGCAAACCACCAUCUGGCUUCCAUUUUGUCUUUCUUAUCCCGACGGGCAAGAAAAUCCAGAUCCGUAUACCAGAUACCGCUGUUACUCGGAUGUUCAGGUACUAUACACUGCCCCUGGCCUCUCAGUCACUGGGACUUCAAAACCCUGAAUCGGUGGUGAAGGAGAAUGGUAUGGGUGGUAUGAUAGGUGAGGUGGAGCCUGAGGAUGAUGAAUAUGUCGAGGAUGGCGAAACAGUGGAUGAUGAUGGGGACAUAGUCGUGGAUUGGAUAUGACCUCAAGAGGAUGAAUGUCUUCCUUAUAUUUUCUCCUCGAGACUUUCGUCCCCUGUAUCUCAAUUGAUUCGUAGUAAUCUGUAACUUCGACCAAGAGUAAUUAACCUACGAGAAUGAAAAGAGAAAUGUCUAGUA